AAAUUGCCAUGUAGACGUUCUUUAGAAGAAGUUCACAUGAAAAAUAUGUUUUCAAGCUUACAAAAAAAGUUAAAGGAACUUUUAGCCAAUAUCGAGUGCUGCGCAAUAACCACGGAUGGCUGGUCUUCGCGAGGUAAUGAGCAUUAUCUUACAGUGACUUGUCACUUCAUAACAAGCGAAUUAAAACUACAGUCUGCAGUACUGUCCACUACAAAACUGCAAUCAGAUGAAAAUCACUCCGCAGAUAAUAUUGCAGGGUCAUUGCGCGCUGUUUUACAUGAAUGGGAUGUGUUUGAGAAAGUUUCAACAAUAGUAACAGACAACGUUGCAAACAUGUUGAAAGCAUGCGAAAUUCUUCAGAAGAGAAACUUACCUUGCUUUGCACAUUGUUUGAAUUUAAUAGCACAAGAUACUUUAUCUCUCGAUUGUAUAAAAGGCAUAACAGGUAAAUGUAAACGGAUCGUAGCUUUCUUCAAAAGUAGCACAACUGCCUAUGCUAAAUUUAGGUCAGCUCAGGGAAUUGAGAGACCCUAUAGCCUAGUGCAAGAAGUAUCUACGCGCUGGAACAGUGCAUAUAGAAUGAUUAAACGCAUCUUACUAACGAAGGACGCUAUUGCAGUUGUGCUGCUUAAUACAACUAAGGCUCCAGCUGCAUUGACAGCUGAUGAUAUAUGCAUAUUAGAAGAUUUAGUAGACCUGCUAGCACCGUUAGACAAUGCUACUACUCAGGUUUCAGCUAGCCAGUCUGUUACGGUUUCCUUACUUAUCCCUACGGUAAGUGAGCUACAUCAAAAUUACCACGAUUUAUAUAGCAAAAUGAAAACAACUGAAGGAAAAAGUAUUUGUUUGUUUUUGAUUGAACGUCUUAUUCAUCGACUUUCAAAGUUUGAAACCCGAACAGUUACAAGGGUGGUAACAUUACUGGAUGCAAGGUUCAAAAAGGAAGGAUUUCGGUCAGCAAACAAUGCAGGUAUAGCAGCAGGGAUUUUGGAGAAUGAAUUAAUUACAGUUUAUAAAUCUGCUUCAGCCGUUGAUGAAAGGGUAAUACCGCCAACACCACCAAACUUAUCACAACCGCAACCUAAGUUCAAAUUUUUACAACAAAAAAUUGAUUCGAGAGUACACACAACUAGAUCAGAUGCAAUAACUGUACUACGACAAUAUUUUGAAAGACCCCACGCACCCCAAGACAUAGACCCAUUGGAAUAUUGGAAGACCAUCGGUAACGAAAUGGAAUUAUUGAAGAGUUGUGCAAUACGCUAUUUCUGUGUACCAGCAACAUCUACUGAAUCUGAACGAAUGUUCAGCAAAGCUGGAUGUAUAAUUUCAGAUAGAAGAACCUGUCUCAAAGAGAAAAAUGUAAAUAUGUUAUUGUUCCUUAACAAAAAUAAUUGGCUAAUGUAAUAUGCCGUCUUGUUCAUUAAAAUCUGGACAGGGAAAUUAUCUAUAGUUUACCCUUUUAGUUACACAGACGCUGGCAUAUUGGAAAAUUGACUUCGCUUUUAUUUCAUUUUUUAACUUUUGUUAUGAAGUACUGGUCAAAAUAAUACCACCAUAACAUUUUUACCAGCUUUGAUUGGUUUAUUUGUUUGUUUAAUGGAUCAUUGGGAUAUUUAGCAACUACAAACUUGCACUGAAUUAAAUGUACUAAAAUUUUAUGUUCUAUAAAACUGGUAGACAAAAUUUCUGUAGAUAUUCGAGUUAAAAAGCUUAAAUUUUGAUAGAAUAUUGCUGAUUAUUUUUUCCAAAGGUUGAAAAUUGGAUUUAGAGCUAUACAUUUAAAAACAAUAAAUAAACAAAAAAAAACAGCCCAAACUGUAAUAAUUUUGUGGUGCUAUUAUUUUGACCAGUACUUUAAUAAAUUCCCUUGUCCGGAUUUUAGUAGGCGCCUCCGUAAUUGAUCUCAGUUGAACUGAUAUACAUAAGUAUGUGUUGUCAAUUUAAAGUAAUAUCUUUUGUUUUGUUUGUUUUUAUAGUACUUAAAAUGUAUUAUUAUAACCAUAUUCUCUUCUUUGCACUUGAAAAAGGACAAACAAAAUCUGAUUUUUUUUUCCAUGUAAAAAAUUAUUAAAUAUUUUUCCUGUCGUUAUUCAAGUACUUGGAAGUAUGUUCAUAAGUAUAUUUAAUUCAGAUGGA